CAAUCCUCACCAACCACACCUGUGGACAUAACUGAUGGUAAAACAAUGAGUGACUUUGAAAUACAAGAUCAAAUUACUGAUUUUCUAAUAGGAGGUAGUGAUACAAGCGCAUACACUAUCAUCAUGGCAAUUAUUUUGUUACUUAAUCAUCCCGAGAAAUUAAAAAAUUUAAGAAUCGAAUUGAAAUCCGCGUCACUUAAAUAUUUGAAUGCUAUAAUUGAUGAAACAUUUCGAUUGUUUCCAGUCACAUUAACUGUUACCGCCUCAAUUUGGAAACUUCAUAGAUCUAAACAAAUUUGGGGUCAGGAUGUCGACGAAUUUAUACCCGAACGAUGGUUUAAUUUGGAUCCGAAAAUAAGAAAUGAUGCUUAUUAUCCUUUUGGUAGUGGUUCUAGGUUUUGUAUUGGAAAUAAUUUUGCUUUAAUGGAAAUAAGAAUUAUCUUAAGUGCAUUGUUAAUAAAUUUUGAUUUUGUUGUCAAGGAGGAUGCAGAUUUACAGAUAGUUCAAUUUAUUACUCCGUCAUUGAGAAGUAAAAAAUUUGAAGUAAAGGCUACACGAUUACGUGAAGGUCAAAAUUUAAAUAAUGCAUGA